CCCCACCACUGCCCCCGCUGGUGGUCAUCGCUGCUGGAAGACACCUUGCCGAGGGACAGUGAUGUGCCAUAUUCUGUGGUACUACUGUUUGUAUAUUAUUAUUAUUAUUACUGCAUUAAUGGUCAGUCCUCUGCCCUGCAUCCCACGACAAAUGAGUGGUAUUUGAAGGAGAAAAAAAAAAUAAAUAAAAAGCUUACAGGAACUUGUGUAUGUUAGUUUAGGGUGGUGGGAGCCUCGGUGAGUUUGGUGCCUCAACUGAGAAGGUGUGAGUCCAUUCCCAGCUCACUGUGGCUCCUUGGUGAGAGGAAAUGGUCUCUUGUCUCCAUGGGGGCGCUGUGUGGUCCUGGCUACCUGGCGCAGGAGUUAUUUAAUGACCUGUGUAUGGUAGAUUUGUCUGUUCAUGCCAGUGAGCACUGUCACAGAUGACUGGGGAGUGAUGAAUUGCAGCAACAGAUUCACAGCCAAGCAGGUUACUGUGUGUUAAUACUGGAUCCCAAAUGAGGCAUGGCAGAGCAGAGCACACAUGUCAACAAAGUGACCUAAGGCUCAUGUUUCUUUUGGUUUCCUUCCAUCAGAGUCCACUGUUGCUUGUUCAUCAUUACCCCAUUGAGGUUAGUUCAUAAAAAGUGUAUUGUUUAUUACUAAGCAGGAGAAAGUAUUGUAAAUCCAUGUCUUUUUUUUUUAUUAUUAACUUCAAGUGCAGUGGUUGCUGGCAGGCACUUUGUCCCUGAUCCCCUCAUUCCCUCACUCACUCACUCGCGCCCGCUGGGAAAGACUUGACUUCAGCUCGUGAAUAUUUUCUUGUUCUCAUGUUCACUGCAGUGUGUUCAGCACAGUGUACUGCUCAUGAUUAAAAAUACAAGAAAACCUCUGAUGUGAGCCCAGCAUUGUUGUAACCUAGCGUAUUGUAAUGUGCAGGAUGGAAUGACCAAUUGAACGCUUAUAUGUGUACUGUAAUUCCUUAUGACCUAAUGUAUUGCAUUGCACAUGAUAACAGACUCCUGUCAUUUAUGCUGCAUUACAACUUGACCUGAUGUAUUGUGUAACUGACAGUAAAAACAACAAAAAGGGCUUCUGUCAUGUGCAGUGUAAAUUACUGUUAGCCAGUGUUUUUCGUGCACACGACAGCAGCCUUUUUCUCGAGGUAAGGGAGAUCUGGGAGGUGAACUUGAGUGAGCGGAGGACGGAGGUCAGGAAAGGGUGACAACUUUUUUUUUUGUUUUGUCAUAAAGGUGGAGAUGAGGAAGAGGACAUGAAGGUGUGCUAGGCCUAUAGUGCUUGGUUUUGUAUGUUAUGUAUGAUUUUGUUCUUAGCACAGACUUCAUUCUGCUGUAUAAUCAUGUUUAUUAUCAUUAUACUAAUCUUUUGUGAAUUAUUAUUAUUAUUAUUAUUAUUAUUAUUAUUAUUAUUAUUAUUAUUAUUAUUAUUAUUAUUAUUAUUAUUAUUAUAUUACUAUUAUUAUUUGCUUUUAGUUAUGACGCUGAAGACAUAACACACCACAUAUUGGAUAUUAUAUUAUUAUCAUUAUGACAUUUAUCACAGACAAACUAAUAAAACACUAUAGUUAAACCAUUUCAAAUAGUCCGUUUGGGCAUUCGAUUCAGUGGGUCCUCUCCUCCCCUCUGCUCUGCCACACAGUCCCAACACCUGUCCCUGCUCAUAUGUUAGCUACUGCAAACAUAUGAGAGGAAGGGAUAGGUGUUGGGACUGUGUGGCAGAGCAGUGGGGAGGAAAGGACCCACGAAAUCAAACGCUCAAACGGACUAAUUGAAAUGGUUUGUAUAAUGACCACAUCAGGAUUUUGUGUUGCACCUUUGACAAACCAACUUGAUCACACCUCACACCCUUAGCAGUAAGUAAUUCAAUUUGACGUGCUGCGCAAUCUGAACGUUUUGUGAAGGGGAAAUAAAACCUAAUGCCCAAAUAAAUCUUUAAUUAAAUACACCUAAGGUACAGUGGGAGUAAUGUAAGUAUUGUCAGGUAAGGCCAAAGCGUCUUGAAGCUCGAAUUCUUGGGUAACAUCCCUGUCCGUGUUGGGUUCGUGGCAGUGGGAGGCAGGCAGGCGGGGGCAGGUUCUAAUAGGGUUCUCGGUUCUCCUGUAUUAUUUUCUUCAGGAUGUGUUCAAGGAGAUAUGUCUAAGGUAUAUCCAACUGGCAUUUAUGAUUAAAAAAUAUCGGCGUGUCCGGGCUGGUGGCGGCUCGGGGGUUCGGUUGGCGUUGUGAGACGCUUCUGCUUCGUAUCAGCUAUUUCCAAAGGCCAUAAUGGAGAUCAGUUUGGUUCUAAUUUGGUUUUUUAGGUUCAUUUUAGGUUCAAGAGGAGGGUAUCUGGACACCUCUCCUUCCGAAAUUGACCUCUCUUUCGGCCACCUCUGGAUUCUUUUUAGGGGCAGUAAGUUGCGGGCUUUUUUAUUUUUUAUUCCUUUUUUGUGCCCUUGAGCUGUCUCCUUUGUUGUAUAUAAAAAAAAAAAAAAUGAAGGGUCAAACCUCCACCAGGGUCACAAUACUACCCUUGGACAUGCCCGGCACUCUUAUGAAAGUUUUGUGAAAUAUGUGAACUUGGGCUGUUGAUACUGACUAGAAUGUCGCUUCCUGUUUUUGGUGGCAUAUUAAGGUUUAUUAACCCAGUAGGUGCGGGGAUCAUGUUUCUUAAAGCCCCUCAAAGCGAGAAAAAUGAGAAAAAAAAAAAUCAUCACUCACGCAGACCAUUUCAUAAUAUAUAACAACGCAUUUGUGAUCAGUUUAUGCAUCAUCUAUUUGGGGGGGUUUUAUAUCGGCGAAAAUAUGGCCCGUCGCUGGUACACGGUAAAACACAAAUUUGGCCCGUCGCUGCUACCGCGUUAAGUGAGGACUGAAAACACUCCAAUGAACAAAGAAAACUAUUAAACUGGAAGAAAAUAAGUAGGAAGCGGCAAUAAGAUAAAUCAAUCCCCUCCUCGGAAAAAAAAUAUAAAGAUGGAUAUUGACAUAAUUAGUGUGGUAGCCGACUGCUUCACCCCGUCCGAAGCAUGGCUCAUUAUCAAUCUCCAUAUUUGAUUUCUAGCCGAGGUUCCGCUAACACGAGUGAGUGAUGCCCGUGAUAAUGGUGUAGAGAAGCCCGUCCCCUGCGGCCUGAGUCUUGUACCCUGGGGCCGGGACGUGGCGCUGCCCAGGGGGAGAGGCGAGGGGUGGGUGGCGGCGUCUGCUGCUGCUCCUGCCCGCGGCGGCCGGUCAAACCUCAGUCAUGUCACACGAAGGCCUGUCGAGUCACCUAUUGAAGUCAAGAAUAUUUAGUCAAGAAAGACCCUUCCUCCUUAAGUCCAUCAUGCAGAGGUCUUGUCAAACUACCACCAUGAUGAAGGUAUACAACAAAGGAGAAGGGAGGAACCUGCCAUCCCAACCCCCAGGGCAGGCAGUACAUGAUGGGCCACUUCGACAGGACAACACCGAGUCAUAAAGCUCCCAAAACAAGCUGUAUUCUCCUCAAUGAUCCGUUAUUUCCACUCAAUAUCAGACUGAGCAGACCCACACACUCAUGCCCUGAGGAGGAGCACAAGAGACAUGGAGACAAUAAAGGUUGCGUGCUACACCUGGAACGUUGAGACGACAUGGCCCGACCAGGACCUCCAUGCCCUCCUGGGGGUGAGCAAGGGGCCGGUCAUCAAGCGAGGACUGGACGCCACCCUGCCGGACAUCUACAUCAUUGGGCUGCAGGAGGUGAAGUCACAGCCCCAGAACGUGAUCAUGGACGCGCUGUUUGAGGAGCCCUGGACCAAUGCACUGAGGGAGGUGGUCGGGCCUCACAACUAUGUCCGAGUGGCCGGCGAGCGACUGCAGGGCCUGGUGACCAAUAUCUUCGUCAAGCGCCACCACCUGCCGCACCUGAGGGACAUUCAUACCUGUGUUGUGCGGACGGGCUUUGGUGGACUCUGGGGUAACAAGGGGGCCACCAGCAUCAGGUUUUCUCUCUAUGGGUGUUCGGUGUGCAUCGUCAACUGUCACUUGGCCCCACACGAUGCGGGUUACAAGGAGCGCAUCGACAACUUCAAUGCGAUCAUCGACGGCAUCCAGUUCCCUGUCACUGAGACCUCGAACAUCCUCUACCAUGACUAUGUCUUCUGGUUAGGGGAUGUCAACUUCCGGUUUGAGGGACACAUGACUAUCGAGGCCAUCGCCAAGCACAUCACCGAGGGCAACCUGUCGGCACUGGCGGAGGCGGACGAGCUGAGGCAGGCGCAGAAGAGGGGCGAUGCGUUCUCCAUGUUCACGGAGGGCAAACUCACCUUCCCCCCGACCUAUAAGUACCUCGAGGACACGCAGGAGUAUGAUCUGAUGCGGCGGCCAGCGUGGACGGACCGCAUCCUCCACCAGGUUCAUGUGGAUGCCUAUGAGAAUGUGAAGCUGGGUGUGGAGCAGAGCAGCUACGAGGCGGUGCAGGAGUACAUGCAGUCCGACCACCGGCCAGUCAGGGCACACUACAAGAUAAAGAUGUUCGCCAACCAUGAGGAUCGCUGUGUCCACUUCCAUGAACCGGGAACGUGGUUGCUGGGCGAGGGCGGACCAGUCAAGUUCACCCUCGAUUCGGACGUAAUCACCUCACCCUCUGACUACGUGGCGCUCUAUAAGGUUGACUUCACCUCCAUGCACCAAUACAUCACCUACAUGUACCUCCCCCAGCCCUCUCCCGGUGGCCAGCAAACACAAGUCUACCAGUUUACCUUCAAUGACGAGUUACUGCAGCAGCCUGGCAUGUAUCGUCUCCUCUACUACUCCGGCAAGUACAGCAGCUACCUGGGCAUGAGUGACCCCUUCCCUGUCCUCCCAGCGCAGUCGUAGGGCGUGUGGGUGAGUCGAGUCUUGCAGCAUCUUCCUUCGUAUUGAGUGUCUUCUUUUAUGGUAUUUAUAGAGGUUGGCGUCAAGUGAGCGAUCCCAUGUUUAGAUUCCUCAUUGAGCGUUGAGGAGUUAUGGUUCUUAUACUUUCGGCUCAGGUGGUUUCGGUGAGUCUGUAUCGAUCGUUUCUGUUUCCGGCGUUCAUUUUGGGAUGUGCUCGCUUGUCUGUGGUAUUUAUGAGGUUUGGUCUUUAUGCCCGGUUCCAGCAUCCCUGUCAGAAACGAUGUCUGGUCUGUGGGAAUGCUGAUUUUGUGUUCAUUUAGGGGCUAUGGUCUGUCUUGUUCUUGUGACACAGACUUGUAUUACCAACAUUAAGCCCUUGACUGCAGAUUUCCUACAAGAAGACCUCACCAAGCUACAAGUAUGGAACAAAAAGUGGCUGCUACAAUUCAGUGAUAAAAAAUGUAAAGUCCUGCACCUUGGGAGGGGAUAUCCAGCAUACCAAUACCACAUGGGAAACGCUCCACUAUCCACCACAGAGGCAGAGAAAGACCUGGGAGUGUAGGCGAAAUCCGUGCCAAUCGCAGCGGACGGAUUAACAGAGUGCGUCACAAUCAGAGCUGGAAGAGAGGGAGCAGAGUGUUAUUAGAUGAGCCGUGUUACUGACAGAGGUGCUGGAACUGGCUUGGAUUCACUUACAAUUAGAUUCAGAUUCCUUUGGCCUAUCUGGUGUUAAGUUAUUUUGAUUCCUUUUAUCAGAGGUUGUUGUUACUUAAUUCGAUUCCUUUAAACAUACAACCACAUCUAUUUAAAUACACACACACACACACAUAUAGAUUCAAGCCCUUUACAAUAAUACUCCUACACAAGGGUUCUAAUUCUGUAUACUGCCGCAACUAUCCAAACACACACACACACACACACUCAAUAUACACAACCCCACAAAAUAAGGAGCAAAACAGUGAAGAAACCAUAAUACACACACACACACUCAAACACAUAUAGAUUCAGAUCCUCUAUACAACAACAACUCAAACCCAUAGGCUCACACACAAGGGUUUAGAUUCUGUAUGAGGACCAAAGCGGCAAUAGCAGAAUAAGGAGGAUGUAUUCUUGUCUAUAUAUUGAGUUAUUCUGAAUUGAUUUACUUAUUUAUGUUUAUGCAAUUGUGGCGCUCCCUGCUGAAGCGAGGCGAGCGACAGGCACAAGAAAUUGACUCCCUCUGUUGUUUGUGCACUCUUCCUAGAUGGAUGAAAAUAAGUCGACCAUAAUGCCACAACUUCUUUGAAUGUUAGUAGUUCUCUUACACUACACAUUCCUUUCCUUUUCCUAACCUAACCUAACCUAACCUACAUUUCUCCUCUUGUCCCCCUUACUUAACCUAACCUAACCUAACCUAACCUA